AUUUUACAUUAAUAAAUGAAAUAAUAGAUCAUUAUGUCAUUGAUUUGACAAAUUUAAAUGAUUGUGAUGAUAAUACAAAAAAAAUCGGGUUGGAUCCAAUAACUAGUGAAACUUUGUUAUCUAUUGAACAAAUUACAGGAGAAGUAACUAAUUCUAGUAUGGAUCAAUCAAAAUUGUUUGCUAAGAUGCAAGCAACUGUAAUAAUACCAGAAGAUCUAGUUUCGAAAAACCAAAAGUCUGUCACAACUUAUUCUGAAUAUUGUGACAAGAAAGUAGAUUCAUCUCGAUGGUGUGGAAACCCUUCAAAACUUUCAUAUGAUCAAGGAGCUUAUGUAGCACAAUUUUACAGCGGAUUAUAUAUAGUAAACCUGGAUACAGAUGAUUUCGAAUGCAAAUGUGAUUGUAAAAAAUUUCCGGUUACAAAUUUAAUUAUUGAUGGAUGGACAAAUUCUGAUUUUACAACGUGUCCUAAACUAGAUAAAAUUUAA